GACGCGAGAAAGCAACAGAAUGAUCUUCUGGAAAACUCCUGACUGACAGAUGAGCCUUCAAAGCUGGUACACCGAGUCCAUUACGGGCGAAAUCUUGUCCCGACAUUGCUACGACAAUACUUGACUAGGUAGUCUGAGAACAAGAACACUUGGAUGCCCGCUACCACGAUCCGCCUGCCGCACACGGAACCCUAUUUGGUUCGGCCAGGCCUGUCUGUUUCAGUACAACUUGGUAGGGCUACACGAAUUUAAGCUUUCGGGUAGCGAAUACUCUAUUCCAGCCGCCUCGCAUCUGUCACAAUCACUCUUCAUCACAACGAACAGAUUAUCCGCCAAUAUCAUCACCAUUCCAGUCAUCAUCGAGCUUGACGGACCGAUCGCCAAGUCUAUAUGCGAUCCUUUUAUACCCAGCCCUUGUUUGUGUUCCAAUGUUAGAUGUGGUGGUUUUCGCCGUCGAACUUGGAGGCAUACGUAACCCCGCACCAUCAUCUGCCCCCAGGUGAGAUCCCGCGCAUCAGCUUGAGGCUCAAACUCGUGGCAUCAAAUUACAGGUCCAGGAAAUCGAUCGAUUUCUAUUCUUUCCGCCCAAUGCGACUUGUGCAUAUUUUGACGCAAACUUUGGGCGACUCCGCGCCUCUGGUUACAUCGCUUAACAAGUGCACGUUAAGCCUCCUGCCAUACCAGGUUCAUGGGACUCGUCACCUCAAUCGCUCCGAUACUAUUGAAAACCGCUUCUACAAUGAUCCAAUUUCAAGAAUUGCCCCCUCGUGCCACCUGGGCGUGCCCUCCAUGCAACGUAUCUCCUUGGCGACUCGCAGGACUACGAGACGGAUACUCUUGCUGGCGCCCUUGCCCUUCGCGUUACUGGCUGUUCCAGAGAACCAAAAUAUUCCAGUUGUACAUCCGGUGCGCGUCAUACAGGAUCUGCGCCAUGGGAUGGUGUCACGCACGACAUGUGACUCAGGCUUUCACGCGCGUACGGAGGCAUAUCGGAAUUACCACCUUCCGCGUAUGCCAUUCGCUGCCCCUCUGGAGGCAUGAUAGUACUAUAUACGAAAGCCUGAGCGCCUGAGAAGGGGCAAAAGAGAGUGGAGGCAUAUGCAGCACAACAUUGAGGGCACGCCUGUGCCGUGAAGUCCCUCAUGUUGUUGAUAUGAACCAGAUGCGCCUCUCAUUCGGUGUCCAGUCGUUCCACAUUCCUCCUUUGGUCCUGCUCAUCCAUAACAUCAGGUCGUCCUCCCUUAUACUCUUUCCGCUGAAAUCAUUCAGUCUCCUGUGCUUGAGUCAUCGGCACCUCAGUCACUCUACCUCCAAUUCUUGCCGUCCAGUUGCGCGUCAGGCUGCCACCGUUGUACUUGCUUGACUGCAUUUAGAGUUUUGGCAGAAGCCACACACCGCGUUGUCUUUCCGUUUCUGUACGUUCGGUCUAGCAACGCAAGAUGACCCGCAACGAUUGUCACCAGUAUACUC